AUGUGGUCUAGGCAACCAAGGCCAGAGAUCAAUAUGGACCACAAAAUUUAUAGAGUUAAAGUCUAUGUCAUGGUCAAAGACAAGCAGUGGAAAGACAUAGGUGCAAGACAUAUUUCAUCCAAAUACAUUGAAAGGCUCCACGGUGUGUGCCUGCUUGUUCACUCAGAACCAAAUGGUUCACCAAUUAUGGAGUGUAAGAUACAUCCUAAUGUGCCCUAUAAGAAACAACAAGGGGAUGUAAUCAUCUGGUCUGAAGCUAAGAACCAUGGCAUGGCAAUACAUUUCCAGGAUCCAAAUGGUUGUCAAGAGAUAUGGAAAGACAUCUGCAAAGUUCAAGGUAUAGACCCAAGUAUAGAAAUCACGCAGAAACUUACUGAUGACCUGGAAAGUUUUGAAGAUCUGCCGCCAAUCAGGAAUCUGAUUGAUAUGUCAAAGUGUGAACUCCGUACCCUUGAAAAGCUAGCAAAUGUAUUUCCUUGCAUCGAUAAAAUGCCAAGCCGGAAACAAAGGCUGGUGCUGGCCUUAGAAAAUGAACGUUACAUUAAAAAAUUGCAACAGCUGUUCCAUACUUGUGAAAAACUGAAGAACAUGGAAGGCUUACACUAUUUGAAUAGCAUCAUGAAAGGAAUCCUGUUUCUAAAUGAUACUCAUGUGUUUAAGAUCAUGUUUUCUGAUGAAUUCAUCAUGGAUGUGAUAGGAUGCCUUGAAUAUGGCCCUGGUUUAGAUCAGCCAAAGAAGUAUAGGGAAUUCUUGACUCAAAAAGCCAAAUUCAAGGAAGUUAUGCCAAUAACACAUUCUCAACUUAGGCAAAAAAUACACCAGACCUACAGAAUGCAAUAUGUUCAUGAUAUUAUGUUGCCUUCCCUAUCCAUAUUUGAAGCAAAUCAUCUUUCUGAACUUACCACCAUGAUUGUUUUCAAUAAAAUUGAAAUAGUUACAAUGCUUCAGAAUGAUAAAAAAUUUUUGCUUCAAGUUUUUGCUCAGCUACAAGAUAACGCUGUAGGUGAUGAGAGACGCCAUGAAUUAUUAUUAUUCUUUAAGGAAUUUUGUGCAUUUAUUAAGACAUUAAAGUCUCGUAAGAAAAAUGCAUUACUGAAAUCACUGAUGAAGCUUGGAAUCAUGAAUGCUCUGAAAGUUGUAGUAUACAUACAUGAUUACCAAAUACAAGUAGCUGCUCUAGAAAUAUUUGCUUAUCUAGUAAAAUAUAGUCCACGCCUAGUCAGAGCUUAUGCAAUGGAAGAAGCUCAGAACAGUGAAGAUAAUAAUGAUCUUAUCAUUAAUGUAAUGAUUGAUCAAAUGAUCUGUGAUUCUGAUCCUGAAUCACGAGGCAUCAUUUUGACAACAGUUUUGCAUGCUCUUCUUGAUCCAGAAAAUAUGCGUGUCACAGCUAAGGUAUGUGAAAGAAGGAAAUUUCUGAAUUUCUUCUAUACACGCUGCAUGAGUAACCUCACAGCACCAAUUUUAUCUACCACAGUAGAAAAUGACAGUGAUGAUAAGACUAACGUCUGUCUUGAUGAUUAUCAAAAUGCACAAUUGCUUGAAGCAGUUUUAGAAAUACUCACAUUUUGUGUACAAUGCCACUCAACAUACAUAAAAAGUUUUAUUUUGAGUAACAAUUUGCUCAGUAGAAUCUUGGUGCUGACAAAAUCAAAGCACACUUUUCUAAUUUUGAGUGCCAUUCGGUUUAUGAGAAAAAUGAUUGGCCUUAAAGACGAAAUAUACAAUCUUUAUAUCAUUAAGAAAAAUCUUUUUGAACCAGUUGUAAAUGUUUUUGUACUUAAUGGAACUCGGUACAAUAUGUUAAAUUCAGCUAUUAUUGAGCUAUUUGAAUUUAUAAGAGAAGAAAAUAUCAAAUCUCUUAUUGCAAAUAUUGUGGAAAAUUUUUUUACGGCUUUUGAGUCAAUUGAGUAUGUCCAGACCUUUAAAGGGUUGAAAACUAAAUAUGAAGAAGAAAAGAAAAGAGAAAGUCAAAUAAGAAGGAAUUUACACAAAAUAAACUACCCAAAAAUACAUUGCCGAAGUAUCAAAGUUAUGAAGGUAAAAGUAAAGGCAGACAUAUGUUGUAGAGAAAUCACAAAAGGUGAUAUUCUUCCAAUGGAAAAUCACUUCACAAAUCAUUAUGACAUAUUUAUGGAAAUUAAACAAUCAAAUGAAAGUGAAAAUAAAAUAGAACAACCAAAAAGAAAAUUAUCUGAAGUAUUUGAAUGUUCUCCAUCUCAUGGGGAUGCUUCUGCUAAUAGAAUGAGUAGGCCACACCAAAGCAGUCUGAUUCCUUUAGUGGAUUACCCAUAUGAUACUGACGGUGAUGAUGAUGAUGAUGAUAUUUAUAGUAAUGAUGAAGAUGAAGAUGAGGAACCCCCCAAGAAAAGACCUUAUCUUAAUUAA